GGCAGCCUCACUGAUUCCUUUGUGGCCAAAAAAAACAACAAAAAAACCCCGAAAGAAACCAAAAGAACAAAAAGACAAACUUUCAAAUAAAACAGUGGUAAAACGCUCUUCUGUAACGCUCCAGCCCUAACGUCAUGUGCAGCUCUUGGCACCGGAGUCUGACUCAGAAACCGGCCUUGACGUCCAGCAUCCACAUUAAACACGGAUGGAUUCCUAAAUGGGCAGAAUGAGACCCAUAACAAUAACUGUUUCUCUCCCACUCUCCCCUCCUUGAGCAACCUCGCAGCACUUCAUGGUUGGUGGUAUGGCUGCUGACGCCGACGGUCCAGCCCACUCCCAAGUACCCUCCUCCCCCUCUUAUUUAAAGUGCGAGACCGGGUCCAGAUGCUGAGAACCGGGAGGCAGACUGGAAGCAGCGAGGCCAGAGCGCGCAGACGCGUCUGGUGCGCAACAGGGGAGGAGACGCAGACCGACCGACGCCUCCAAGGUGCGGCGGAUGGUUUGAUGCUGCACGGAAGACUUUCCAGCUGUGGGAAUAUAUCGCUUUUUUUUUUUUUUUUUGUUUGUUUGUUUGCGUGUGUGCGUGAGAGAGAGACAGAGAGAGUUAUAUAAAGUGAUGCGCAAAAAGUGAAGCGCGGGAUUUCAUUUAAAGUGGAGAAUCCUGAGGAAGGGGGAACCUAACAGGAGCGCGCAUGGAGACGCGUCCGGAGUCGGUGGCGUGAAGUGGAAGAAAGAAAGAAAAAAAUUAAUAAUAAUAAUAAUAAUAAUAACAACAACAAAAAUCUAUCAUGAACUUGUCAGAGUCCGUGUGGCUCGUGGGAGAGCCGUGGAACCUCAGCGCGCUGGAGGAGGACGGGGAGAAGAAAAACCUGUUCGGGAUCGACACGAGCAACUACAUCGCGCUGCUGUUUUUCCUGCUCAUCUUCACGCUGGGCGUGCUGGGCAACUCCAUGGUGAUCACCGUGCUCGCCCGGAGCAAGCCGGGCAAGCCGCGCAGCACCACCAACAUCUUCAUCCUCAACCUGAGCAUCGCCGACCUCUUCUACCUGCUCUUCUGCAUCCCCUUCCAGUCCACCAUCUACGUGAUGAACACCUGGGUCUUCGGCGCCUUCAUCUGCAAGUUCAUCCACUACUUCUUCACCGUCUCCAUGCUGGUGAGCAUCUUCACGCUCUCCGCCAUGUCCGUGGACCGCUACGUCGCCAUCGUGCACUCCAGGAAGUCGUCGUCGAUACGCGUGGCGAGGCACGCGCUGGUCGGCGUGGUGGCGAUCUGGCUGCUCUCGCUGGCCAUGGCGGCGCCGCGCAUGCACUACUACAACCUGUUCCACGGCGGCAGGAACGAAACCUACUGCUGGGACGUGUGGCCGAAUCAGAACCACAAGAAGGUCUACGAGGUGUGCACGUUUGUCUUUGGCUACGUCUUGCCCCUGCUGCUGAUUUCCUUCUGUUACGCAAAGGUGAUAAAUCACUUGCACAAAAAACUAAGAAAUAUGUCCAAAAAGUCGGAGGCUUCGAAGAAAAAGACCGCUCAGACCGUGCUGGUGGUGGUGGUGGUGUUCUGCCUGUCCUGGCUCCCUCAUCACAUCGUUCAGCUGUGGGUGGAGUUCGGGAACUUUCCGCUGACCGAGGCCUCCUUCGUGUUUCGGGUGGCCGCGCACUGCCUGGCGUACAGCAACUCGUCGGUGAACCCCGUCAUCUACGCCUUCUUGUCGGAGAACUUCAGGAAGGCGUACAAGCAAGUCUUUAAGUGUCAGAUCGGCAACGUCGACUGCCCGCUCAACGACAUCAAGGAGAUGCGCAGCAAGGCGGAUACUCCACCCUCCACUAACUGCACCAAUGUUUGACUGGCUGUCCCCCGGCAACAUGAUCACUUCCUGAGCUGAGACACUGAAACUCACUGAGUCAUGUCAACUAAGUGAUCAGAUGGAAGUUGGUGUGCAUUUCAAUCAGGGUGAGUAUAUCUAGAUAGAUAGAUAGACUGACUGAUUUCUGCUCCCUGGAUGAAUGGCGCCCUCGGCAGUGAGCCACAUUUCCCAUGUAAAAAAACCCCACUGGAAUGUAUGAGGGGAUCUUGACAGGUCCUUUAACUUGCUGUAAGAACAGCUUUAUCUUUGUGCAUCAAAAAAUAUAUAUUUCCUAUAUAAUCACUUCCUGAGCUGAGACACUGAAACUCACUGAGUCAUGUCGACUAAGUGAUCAGAUGAAAGUUGGUGUGCAUUUCAAUCAGGGUGAGUAUUUGCCUACUGUCAUGUGUUGUGAGUGUGUGGGGUAUCUACACCAAGAUUGGCACAUUUAGCAACACAUACACGAGUGUGGUUGACAUCAGCAGGACCUUCCUCCUGGCUCUGAUUGGUCUGAAGUGGAUCAAAGUCUGCUCACGAGAAGAACCUGCAGUGUCUAAAACUCAAGGCAGACAAUUAAAUAUCACAUCACGAUGUAUUUAUACAGGUAUACAAUUCAAAUAUUCAUUUAAAACACUCAUUUAACCUUCUGAUUUUCAAUUUCUUUCAUUUAAUUUUGCUUUGUACCAAGCUGAGGUAUCACCUGCUGAUGCUGUGGAACAAGUUUUAAAUGUGUUUUUAAGUCUCUGAAGAACAAAUGCAUUUUUUUCUCUUUAAAACUGCUUCAUGCAAUUUAAAAACCUGCCUAUUCCGCCGUGUUCUAAUUUUUGAUUUCAGUUGUUUUCAGUGUACAUUUUUUAGUACAAAAGAGAAGCUGUUCUGGAAAGCUAGCUCACACGUUUUAGACAUCAGAAUAACUCUGUUCCCUUAGAAAAAGAAGAACCACAGCAUUCAGGCACCUAAAAAACUUCAUCUGUCACAAAGAUAUUGCCAGGCGUGUUGUUUCCUUCAGACUUUUAAAUUAAGUUUAGCUUGCUAAUGGAACCACAUCAGGGUGGACAGAGUGGGGGUUGAAUAAUAAAGGCCGGGACAAUGACUUUUGCUUCUGAUUGAUAUCAAGCUAAUCUAUAUUCUUUUUGUUUCACAAGGCUGGCUUCUUCUCUGUUAAAUUGGAUAGAAAUCCUCGAAUUCACUUUCUGAACAACAGAAUAGAAAUAAUAGAAAAAUAACGUCAAGCUUUCAGAUGAGCUUUUUUUUUCAGAUUUUGUUAUUUGGUGGAACCGCUAUCAUUAAAUAAUUUAAACUGUUGCUAAACGGAGGGAUCGGUGUUCUCAUCCCAGAACUUUGAAAUGUUUAGUUCCUGUCUGUUCCAUGCCUGAGAUAAAUGUUUUGUAUAAUUUUCUUUAGUAGCCACACAUCUAACAGAGUAGCUAGCUCAUUAGCUUUAAGCACUUAUUCACUUUUUAUAAACUCAGUUUAUUCAGUUGUGUCAGUAUUUGACCGAAUUACCGAAUACCAGAAACUUAAACUUAAAUUAAUCAAGUAAUUUAAGCUUACAUUUUUUAAAAUAUAAAACAGGUCACUAUGUGUGUGUACAUAUAUAUAUAUUUUUGUUUUUCACUAAAAAUGCCAAACGACCUCGUGGUAUAACUGUUGGACACAUCAACAUGCCAUGUGUGAAUACACACACAUGCUGCACACUAGGCACGCACUAUUUAUCCUUCGCAAAGUAUUUUUAAGAGUUCUGCUUCCAAAAGCUCAAAAAAUGACCUUAGACGUUAAAGUCACUUUAACAGGACACCAGAAAAGGUUCUGUGUGAGAGUAGUUACCUUUGACUUCAUGACGACAGCGCCCCUUACCUGUCAGUCACUGGUACUUGUUUCUCUUGCUUACAAGAAAGGAGCACGAGCAGUUUAGAAAUUUGUGCUGUGGACGCUGAAGACUAAGGAAAAGCUAAAGCUAAAGGUUCUCAGUCCUGUUCUUCACUGUUACCCACAUUUUUGAUGUGUCUCCAGAACAACUGAUUCAAAUUGGUGCAUUACCUUCUCAGCAUAAUAUCAAGUAACAUGUAAUUGGCAUGUACUUGUGUAGUGCUUUGUCUGGCCCAGACAUCUUCCUACUACAUUCAGUCAUUCACACAUGUAAGCUACAUUGUAACCACUAGCAAGGAAAGCAACUUACCCGAGGUCAUAGCAACUGAGACAGACAGAUUGGGGGUCUGAACCUCCAGAUGUGUAAAGCAGGAGGCAGCAGGCUAGCUAUCAUAGCUCGGCUAAUUCGCUGGCUACAGUGAGCUAUAGCUAGCCUCUCAGUUGUACUCAGUAACGAGCAGAACAACAAGUUGCCCUUCACUUGUCGCCAAGAAGCAAUAAUAUUCUGCACAGUUGGCACGUUUACUGAAAAAACUCAACUAUACUCAGCAGGUGUUCGAGUCCGUAUUUUGUACUUCACUCUUCCACUGAUGUGUACAUCUGUUAAAAAGUACAAAUCCUAAAUGACACUAGCUUUAAAUCUCACUCCGUUAGAAAUAAAAAAACAAGCCUGAAAAAUCAGUGAGUCAUUUCAAAAAUAUUUGGACUGCAUUUUAGGAAUGUGUCUGAAUCACCUAGAAGAAAUAAGUAUUGUAACUAACUGCUUGAAAUUCAAGCUGAGGGGGAAGAAAAUGGUCAAAUCAUACCCACUGUGUGCACACAAGCUAGCUCUAAGCAAACCUAUCUGACAGUAGAUUUAAAAGUUCCUCAUUUAUAAUCACUGAAUCCUCCCUUUACUGAUUAACAGCCAAAGUUAAGACCAUCUUAAUGCAGGUAAUAUUGGAGUGAAUCUAACUCUUUGAAGGCAGUGUGCGCUUACAGAGGCUGCCAACAGCCUAAAGGCUAUCCCGCCUGGGAAAGCUGUUGCCAGGAAAACUGAAGUGCACCGUCUCAUCUAAUGUACCGCUGUGUUGACACAGAGGAUUCAACAUGGGGGGGGGGGGUUGUUUUAUGAGUUGUUAAAAGGCACAUAAGAGCAGUGCUUGUAACUGUAAAGUGUUUGCACAUCUAUUGUGAGAAAAUGUGCUUGUAUAUAUUUCAAACACCAAAGCCGAUAUUCACACAUCUACGAAUGCCUUGCAUUGUCCAUAUACUGUAGCUCGCUGCUAUUUUGUCGCUUUUGAAGCUGCCUUGCCUAAAAUUCCUCCUCUGGAUCUAAAACAACCACAGACCUAGUUUUGCUCGACAUGCCCAAAAGGGAAUUUUUUUUUUUUUUUAAAGAAUUCAAUCCAAGAUCACAUGAAUUAUGCCAAGGUUUUACAGUGCACAGCUUUACCUCAGCACACAAAAACAAAAAAAUGACACAUGACCUCGAUGUGUUAAAACCACGGUUUGUUGGAUGUUUACUACCAUCCUCUAUAAUGAUAUCUGUAGCCGUUGUUUAAGUUUGAACACACACACACGCACA